AAGUGUCCGGACUGGAAGGGGGUGAAAGUGUCCGGACUGGAAGGGGGGGAAAGUGUCCGGACUGGAAAGGGGGGAAAGUGUCCGGACUGGAAGGGGGGGAAAGUGUCCGGACUGGAAGGGGGUGAAAGUGUCCGGACUGGAAGGGGGGGUAAAGUGUCCGGACUGGAAGGGGGUGAAAGUGUCCGGACUGGAAGG